AGCUUCUCCAGCGCACAUCAUUCCAGCAUUUCCAUGAGCCUCCUGCUCGGGUUGUACAGUGCCCCGUCGCUCGGGCUGGGCAGCGCGCGCACCGCGUGCGCCACGUCGCGUGCGCACGCGUGCAUGCAGCAGCAGCAGCAGCCGGGGCCUCCGUACGCCGGGCCGCGGUCCACACCGCUUCUGGACACCGUCUCGACGCCCAACGACCUCAAGGGCUUCUCGCUGGCGGAGCUCAAGCAGCUGUCGCAUGAGCUGCGGUGGGAGACCAUCAACGCCGUCUCCAAAACCGGAGGACACCUCGGCUCCUCGCUCGGAGUCGUCGAGCUCACCGUCGCGCUGCACUACGUCUUCAACACGCCGGCCGACCCGGUGAUCUGGGACGUGUCGCACCAGGUGUACCCGCACAAGAUCCUGACGGGUCGGCGCGAGCGCAUGCCCACCCUCCGGCAGGCCGGCGGGCUCAGCGGCUUUGCCAAGCGGUCAGAGUCGGAGUACGACGCCUUUGGCGCGGGCCACUCCACCACCUCCAUCUCUGCGGCGCUGGGCAUGGCCGUGGCGCACGAGCUGCGAGGCCUCGACCAGGAACGAACUUCGGUCGCCGUGAUUGGCGACGGCGCCAUCACCGGCGGCAUGGCCUACGAGGCGAUGAACAACGCCGCCUACCUCAACUCGCGGAUCGUCGUCAUCUACAACGACAAUGGCCAGGUCUCGCUGCCGACGGGCACCCCCUCUGCCGGAGGCACCGUGCCGGCUGGCUCGCUCUCGGCGUACACGUCUCGCCUGAUCGCCUCGAAGCCGUUCCAAGACUUCCGCGACAUCGCAAAGUCGAUCAACCGGCUCUUCCCGUCCGAGAUCCAGCAGGCCAACGCAAAGAUCGACGAGUACGCGCGCGGCAUGGUGUCGGGAGGCACGCUCUUCGAGGAGCUCGGAUUCUACUACAUCGGCCCCGUGGACGGGCACGAUCUCGACAACCUCGUCCCGAUCCUCGAAAACAUCCGCGACCGCGGCGGCAAGCAGCCCGUCCUGCUGCACAUCAAGACUGACAAAGGCAAGGGCUACCCGCCCGCAGAGGCUGCGUCAGACAAGUACCACGGCGUGCCAAAGUUCGAGGUCGCGACGGGCAAGAAGCUGACCGCACCCGCCAAGACGCCCUCGUACACCUCCGUCUUCGCCGACUCGCUUAUCGACCUCGCAGCUGCAGACCGGUCCGUGGUGGCGAUCACCGCGGCGAUGCCGGGCGGCACGGGCGUGGACAAGUUCGGCAAGCGCUUCCCGAAGAGGACGUUCGACGUCGGCAUCGCCGAGCAGCACGCCGUCACCUUCGCCGCCGGCCUCGCCGUCGAGGGCAUCAAGCCGUUCUGCGCUAUCUACUCCACCUUCCUGCAGCGCGCCUACGACCAGCUCAUCCACGACGUUGCGAUUCAGAAGCUGCCCGUCCGCUUCAUCCUCGACCGAGCCGGCCUCGUUGGCAACGACGGCCCGACGCACCACGGAUCGUUCGACCUCGCCUACAUCGGAUGCAUCCCUGGCAUCGCGCUCUGCGCGCCGUCGGACGAGGUCGAGCUGCGCAACAUGAUGCGCACCAUCUACGAGGUCGACGACAAGCCGACGGCGCUGCGCUACCCGCGCGGCUCGGCGCUCGGUCUCGACGUGCUCAACGACCUCUUCGAGUACGGGCUCGACGAGUACCCUGCUCGCGGAAAGGCCCUCCCACUUGGCAAGGGCCGCGUCGUGCGCGGCGCGCGCGAGGACGUCUCCUCGCGCGUCGCCAUCCUCUCCCUCGGCACGCGGCUCGCCGAGUCCGUCCUGGCGGCGCGCGCGAUCGAGGGCGCGCACGCGGACGUCGGCGUGACGGUGGCGGAUGCCCGAUGGAUGAAGCCGCUCGACACGGCGCUCGUCGCGCGGCUGGCGGAGGAGCACGACGUGCUCAUCACGGUGGAGGAGGGCUCCAUCGGCGGGUUUGGCGACCACGUGCUGCACUACCUCUCGCUGGGCGGCUUCCUGGACGAAGGCACGCUCAAGGCGCGGCCGAUGGUGCUGCCCGACAAGUACAUCGAGGCUGGCUCGAUGGGCGAGCAGUACGAGGAGGCGGGCCUCUCCCAGAGGUUCAUAGAGGCGACGGCGCUGCGGCUGCUGGGCAAGCCCGUCAGCAUGGGCUCCUCCUCACUCGCCGACGAGGAGCCAACCAUCGCGUGAGCCAGCGUGGACACGGCGCACGCGCGUGGGCCGCUGUUUGGCCGUGCCUUUGGGCCGUGCCGGCGCGGCAAAGCCGGCGGCCAACUUUCGCGGGUAGGGGCGCGCGCGCCGCCGGGAGGAGCAUCGCUACGUGUCGCGCUCGCCGUCGAGGGCUGAGCCCCGCCGCAGCCCUAGCCAUGCUGGCGUGCGGGCGGAGGAGGUGGGCGACGCCCCGCAUUUGACUAUCUGCAUGUGUGCGGGCGGGGACGGCGGGGGCAUGGGUCUCUCCCUAUCUGUGCUGUGUACGGCGAGAGGCGCGGCCGCCGCCCGCGGACGGUGGCAUGAGAUCUGAGGUGACAGAUCACACACUUCACAGAUAUUACGCCGGCGCCCGGCGGCGGCGCAUAGGUUGAGUUUUUAAAUAAAUGAAAAGCGAUG